UAUUCAAUUUCUAUAUUCAACUGUUCACAAAACGUCAUUUCACACAGAAACACCUAGAACGCGUGAAAAUGGCGGAGGAAAACCCCGCGAAAGAGAGCUGCAUCCGAAUUGCAGAAGAGCUGCCGGUGACCGCCGUAGACUACAUCAACCAGGAGAGUUGGGACAGUUUCUUCACCUCAAAAGGCACCGACGAUUUCUGCGAGUGGUACGCCGACUGGCCCCAAUUCCGGACCUCACUCAAAAACCUUCUCUCGUUUCAGCUGGCGGAGGAGCUAAACCAUUUCUCAUUUCCGCUGUUGCAGCCGCCGCCGGAGGAGGUGAGUAUUUUGGUGCCGGCGUGCGGGGCCUCGAGGCUGUCGGAGCAUCUCUACGAUGAAGGGUUUACGGAUAUAACGAAUGUGGAUUUCUCGAAGGUGGUGAUUGAGGCCAUGAUGAAGAGGAAUAUCAGAGUACGGCCGGAGAUGAAGUGGCGCGUGAUGGAUAUUACUAAUAUUCCGUUUCCAAGUGGGAUCUUUGAUGCCAUCGUCGAUAAGGGAGGAUUGGAUAUUCUGAUGGAUUCCGAGCAUGGCUCCAGAUCAGGACCAUUAUCUUAUAUAUCCGAGGUUAAAAGACUGUUAAAAGCUGGAGGCCGAUAUAUUUGUCUCACCUUGGCAGAACCUCUUGUGCUAGAUCUACUUUUUUCAAAGUUCCGAUUUGGGUGGAAGAUCAAUCUUUAUACCAUUUCUGACGAAGCAUCUCCUGGAACCACCACACAACAGACUUUUAUGUUGGUCGCAGAGAAAUCUUAUUUAACUGUUGUGUCUAGGAUAGUACCAUUCAUGGAUGUAUCUUUUGUAGAAACUCAGGGUAUUCAGGUUGAUGAGCUACUUGAAGCACUUAACAGAGAAAAUACCAUCCGCGAAGAGUACUCCAAGAGCACAGAUAAAUGGUACUCACUUGAAGAGCUGAAGCAAGGGGUCAAUGGAAACAUUGGAGUGAUUGAAUCUGGUCGUGUUAUAAAGCUUUUUUUAGGUGAAACUGGAACAUCGCGUUUCUUCUAUACUUGUGUCCUUCUUGAUGCUCCUCCAGAGACUGGACCUUUCUCAAAACAAUUUCUCGUAUUAUACUUGCAGAAAUCUCAAGCUUCCCAGAAGAUCCUCGCAUCAGAAUUCCAACAACGGCUAGUUCUUCAAAGCUUCAAAGCUGCUCGACUGUUGAUUAUUGUACUGGAUUCCAGUUUUUAUGGUAUUUCCUCUGACGAUAUAAGGGAGGAUACCGGCUAUUUUGUCGCUGAACUGCGCCAAGUGGGAGAUGAUGACACUGAUGCUGAAUUUACGGCUGAUGAUGGUAGGAUUGAGGGGAUUAAGCAGAAUACAAUUGUGCAUCAGGUUUCAUCUGUCUCGACUGGUCAAAUCUCUGUCGAAGACGUGAGAUAUAACCAAUCUCAGGUGAUCACAUUCCGCCGCCUUUAUUUUGAAAGAGCUGAGAGUUUGAUGCAUUCUGAAGCUCCAUUAUCCACAGAAGCUUUCAGACAGAAGAAAGGAAAACCAAAAAAGAUUGAUUCUCACGCAUCAAGUGGUGUUAAAGUUGAACACAAAAUUUUGACAACUGGAUUCCACAAGGGGGUUAUUGCUGGACUACUGUUGUUUUCUACACAUUCAAAAAGAACUACCAAAGCUGGUGGUUUGGUCAAAACAGUGAUCAUUGGUCUUGGACCAGGAAUACUUCCUAUGUUUAUGAGAAAUCGCCUACCUUCUCUAAAGAUUGAGGUCGUCGAGUUAGAUCCUGCGGUUCUGAAUGUUGCUAGAAAUUAUUUUGGUUUUACAGAAGAUGAAAGGUUGAAGGUACAUAUUACUGAUGCAAUUAAGUUUGUCAGAGAGAGAGCAAAUUCUGAGGCAGAUGGAAGCAAAGUUGAUUUACUCAUAAUCGAUGUGGAUUCAUCAGACUCGAGUUCGGGUUUAAUCAGUCCAGAGGCAGACUUUGUUGAGGAAUCUUUUCUAUUGACCGUAAAAGACUCACUUUCCGACAAAGGUUUAUUCAUCUUUAAGUUGAUCCCGAAGCACUACUUUACUAGUAUGAGGGCACCGGUGUAUUCAAAAUUGAAAAGGGUAUUUAGCAACUUGUAUCACAUGUACGUGGAUGAUGGCUUCGUCGAAAUAAUAUUUGCAGUGAAGAAGGAAGCUCCGGUUGAACUUGAAGAAGCUUGUGAAGCACUUGAAAGAUCGUUACGGGAUAAUUACAACAUGCGUCCUUUGAUCAAUAAUGUGUUACAUGACUCAAAAUUGAUCAAACCAUUCUACUACCCUCCUGAUAAUGGUUUUAUUGUAAUUAGUGACUGACUGGUUUGUGCUUCUUUUUGUAUAGCUAUUAAAUAGUGUUACUAUACUACGAAUGUAAGCAGAUAUUGUAAAUAUCUGGUGAUCUGAUGAGAGGCAUUACUGUUGAUAUAAUAAAUUUGCACAUAUUAGUAUUACCUUUAUUGCUGUAGUUUCUUGAAUUUUGACACUAUACUUUUUU